CCAAUUUCCUGGGAAAGUGCAGGGAAAGCUUGGGCCAAUUUCCUGUAAUGAAAUCUAAAUAAAUGGACAGUCCCGUACAUGAUAAGCGGCACGCCAGUAAUUCAGAUGGGUAUGGAGUGGUAGUUUAUUUAGAGGGGGGAUUUCGUGGCCUUUUCCAUUAUUGUCACGCUUGAGCUGAGGUCGCCCUCCAAUUUGUUGUUUUGAUUUUGAGCAAAUGGAUUCAGCUCUGCUACCGGGCUUUAGAUUCAAUCCCAUUGAAGAAGAGUUGGUAAUUCACUAUUUAAAGAGAAAAAACAGUGGUAUAAAGGAAAAACAGGAUUUGAUUCCAGAGGUGUCUAUUUAUAAAUGAGAGCCUUGGGACUUGUCAGAGAGAUCUUUUCUGCCAAAGUGUAACAAACAGUGGUAUUUUUUAAGUCCUUGCGAUCGGAAGUAUCCCAGUGGUUCACUUGCUAAUAGGGCUACUGAAGCUGGGUAUUGGAGAACAACAAGAAGGUACCAGACAGUUCACUCUCGCUCAACUUCAACAAGAGUAAGGAAGACUCUGAGCUUCUAUAAGGGCAGACCUCCAAGUGGAGAAAAAACUGAAUGGAUCAUGCAUGAAUACCAUCUGGAUGAAAAGGAAUUCAAGAUAGGAGCUGGUUUGCAGAAUGCUUUUGUAUUAUGCCAUGUUCUCAAAAAGAAUGAACUUCCAGAAAAAAGUGGUGGAUUGCAAAGUGCAGAAAAUGAGAAGUGCGAUUCAUCUCCUAAAAAUAGAAAUCCCUCCUGCGAUGAAGACAAGUCUGAAGACAGGUCAAAACAACUAGAAGAGGUUCAAAUAUAUUCAAGUUUACCAAAUAUUGCAGAAGAUACUGCUGGACCUAAUAUGUGGUUAGGACCUGGCAAGGACACAAUUAAUCAACAGGUUGAUUCGAUGCCAAAUGGUUUACGAUCAAAUCGUGAGUUUGGAUGGCUUCCAUCAAACAACAAUGAUUUUCCACAAGUUCCAGCUGAUAUAAGCUUUACGAGGCCUGAAGCUACAGAUGGACAUUUGACUGAUGAAGAAAUGGAUGAGUAUAUUGACGAAGCAAAUAUCAUGGAGGAAAUUCUGCGUGCAUGUCAGGAUUCCCAGAAUUCUAAUAUGGAUCAUUCUUUCCCUCAGGAUAGCUAUGCUGACAUCUCGAAUGGUAAUUAUAUAGAACUUAAUGACUUUGAGAAUUGUGGUUCUUCUCUUUCGUUUGAUAGUGUAUUCAACAAUGGUAGUCCUGAAACCCAAUUACGACCUCGCAGUCCAGCAUUGCAUAGUUAUCAGCAUGAUGUGUCAUCUGAAGGUAAAUCCAAAAGAAGAGUUCGCAUAAAGCUAUCCAUAAAAUUGAAGCUUGGAUAAUAUGCUAUGCGUGCAUAUAAAAUUAGUAAAUAUCAAAUAUGUAGUUGGAAUUUUUAGAGAGAUUCUAAAUUAGUUUUUAGUGUUUCUUUUGGUAAUUUUUAUAGAUAGUACUUUCUAUGUUUUGAAGAGUUUUAGUUUCUUUAAGAAUUAUGCAUGGAAAUGUAUUGUAUGGGCUAUGUUGUCAAGUCUCAAAGUUGUAAU